CUCUACGUGCCGCUCGUCUCCUUCGGCCACUCGGUCUUCCCUCAGUCCGGAUCCGGAUCCCGCACCUCUUCCCGUCCGCGUCUCCGUCACGGGAGACAUCCGGCACGCCGCACCUGUCACCUUCGAUCCUAUUACCCAGAGAUAUUCCCAGAGUGAAAAAUCGAUAUUCGCAUCUCUGAGAAUCUCUUUUGCUCCUCGCACGAGACGACUCUCGGGGCUUCUACGCGCCGCCAUCGAAACGGGACGGUACUUCACAAGACGGUACCGAAAUUCCGAGAGAAUAAUUUGAUCCCAUUCGAGUGGCCGAAGCUUCACCGCUGUCGUUACUUCGCAGAAACGUCGUUACUUUACGAAAACUUGCGGAGAACGAUCGUCGUCCGGAAAGGAAAAGUAAUCGUUCCCGAGCACGAGGCUAUCCACGACAGAUAGCAUCGUCCCUCCCUCGAAGAGAAAUUCAAAGAUUUACAGGGAUCCGCGCGAGCGACGACGGCGCGUGCGACGCGACACGAGAUUCGGACCAUCGGAAAUCGGAAGCACAAGGACCGAAAUAGAGUUGCGCCGGAUCGAUUGGCAAAUAGAGCGAUUAUACCGUCUGGAACUGUCUAGUGCGUCGUUAUUAAUUCUGUGAUGAUCAUCCUAUUCUCCCGCCAGGUGCGACUUCCGUGACGUCAUCAUUGUACCAGUACUUCCAUUGGCAAUCUAUUGCGAUAGAUAUUUACGACCUAGGACUACAGCUGGUAACCAUGAGGGGCGCUUCGUUGGAACCUUUUUUAUUUUUCUUUACCUUCGUCAUUGUGGGAAACGCAUAUCCGACGUAUGUCUUUGUUCCGGAUGUAAACGACUCUUCAAAAGAUAAUAGCAUAAUGACGUCCAUGAGCGACUCAGCCGUCUCAGUUACGCCUUAUAAGUGUGUUUACAUACCAUCGAAUUUAGAUUAUUGUAGAUUCCCUAGUUAUAAAUCCGAAAAAAUUCUUCAAGAGCAUAAAUCACCAGAAAGUAAGCGCAAGCUAUUAAAGAGUAAUAAAAUACAUUUCUUGAAACAAUCAAUGUAUGCUGUAGAAACGAAAAAAUUCCAAAGACAAUCAUUCGUAGAGACUAUAAUAUAUGAGAUACAGAGAUGUGUACCGCUAAGAUUGCCAUUUAGUCUACCUUGGUGCACCGAUGAAGAUCUCUCCAGUAAGAAGAAAGAAAUCCGAGAGCUUUAUCCGUUCAUGAUAGACGGCUUAAAAACAAUUGAUGAAUUUCCUAAGUACAAUUUUUCUCAGAAAAUUGCCUGUAUCUCAAAAACUGCGAACAAUACCGAAAUCGAUAUACCUUGUGACAUACACAAGUGAGCUGUGUGAGUUAAUUGACGAAUUCAAAUGGCUAUUAAAAGUCAUAUCUAUAACAAUAUUGAAAACAUUUAUUCAAUUUCAUAAUUUCUCAUUAUCAUUAAUACGUUGCCGACUCUUUGCCGACAAAUCUGUAUUAAUAUAAGUCACAAAAAAGAAAAGAAAGAAAAAAAUACAAAAAAUUUCUUACAUACUUUUAUAUUUAAAUUCAAAAGCACAUGCAUGUUUUUUGCAAAGAUUGACAUUUGUAAAAAUAAACAAAAAAAUAUCGAGCGUACACAACUUAACAGAAGACUGCAAAAUAAAAACAUAGAUAAAAUAAAAAAUUCUUUAGCAUUAAGCAAUGAACAAUACUUCAUACUAAUAAAUUGUAAUAGCGAUGGUGAUAUAUUAUCAUGAACUCAUAUUAUCAUGUACUAAUGUAAACAUUGACAUAUAUUGAUAUAUUUCUACCGUCUUUUAACAUAAUGAUAUUCUUUUGAUAACAAAAUUAAUAAAAAUGAAAAAAAUCAA